CGGAAACCGAAGCCCGAGCGCCCUCCGCUGCGGUGGAGCCCGCUGCGGAUUCUUUGUGCAGCGAAGAGGCCGGGGAUUUAGGGGAUGGGGCGGUGCGAUCACGGGCAGCCGCUCGUCUACACCCGCGACACGGCCCGCAGACGAAGGAGACCGCCGGGUGCCAGGGCCGGCCGCCCCGAGUCCAGCCUGGAUCUACCUCUAGGGUCCCUCCCCUUUCCGGUGUGCAAGCGGAGACCCGAGAUGUGCCCGCAGAAGCGCUCUUCCUUCCCGGGUCCGGUCCUUCUGGAGAUCUCCGUCCUCGGGUCCCCGGCAGGUCCUCGCCGGCCCACGCGGGACUCUCAGCGGCGGGCUUCCCGCGGACGCGCGGUCUCUGCCCACCGUUCCCUGCGAGCUCGCCGGCUGCCGGCCUCCGACCUCGCCAUUCAGGCGGACGGCGCGGACACCCGGGCGGCGCUACGGGACGAGAGCUGGCCCGGGGUUGGCGGAGAACGGGCGACCGCAGACGGGCGCGAGGGGCGGGCUGUGCAGAGGAGGGCGCACCAGGCAGGGCGCGCGGCGCGGGGCGCCUUCAACACCAUGGACAGGGCACGCGGUCGCCCAGCGCUGCUGGCCCUGCGGCUGGUCCCCCGGGCGUCACGCUGCGCUCUCGGGCGCCUUCUUCCCGGAGAGUCCACCCGGCCACCUCCAGACCCGCUUCCGCCUCACUCCAUGUGGCUCCCUACAGCCCGGGAGCGUGCAGUCCAGGUGCAAAGAAAACGCUGCGGGCAGGGAGGAAAACCCGGGUCCCUGCUGCUCCAACGACCCGCCCCCUUCUCCUGCCACCUGAGCCCGGCACUCUCGCGCCCGGUCUGCUCUGCCCAGCCAGGGUCAGUCGCUCUGCGAUUGCACCAUUUUCUUCGCUGCCCGCCCGGGUGCCGAGACGCCGGCUCCCUGGGCAACAGCGCUCAGCGAAUCGGGUCCGGGCCUCGGAGUCGGGCGAUCUGGCUCCCGGCACGCGACGAUCGCCGAGCCUUCUUAAAGAUAAACCGCACCAUUUCCCGGGCACGAAAUGUCUCAGCCUUAUUCUCUGACCAGGCAAGUCAAUGGUGUCUAGGUGGCGGAUUUCGGCUCUGCAGGACCUCAGACCUGGCGCGAAUGGGCCUCGGGCGAGCCAGCUGCGUGCCCCCCCCCCACUUGCCUCGCUCACAAGAGGCCGCCCCGCAAAGGCGGGAGCCUCCCUCCCGGCUGCAAUACUGGGACGCUCACUCAAAUGGUCACCCUGCUUUGUCACCGUCUCUCCCGAGUCGGGGUUUCGCACUGCCCCAUGAAGAGCUGCCCUGGAGACAGUGCCAGGCACCGGGCGCUGCACCACGGGGUCCCUGAGCGCACCUCCACCAUGUUCUUUUUGUCUUUCUCUCUCUC